ACUGCUCGUGCCGAUAGGCCGUAAAAGGUUAAGAAUUUAGACUAAAUAUUAACUAAAAAUGUCAUAAACUUAGUUCAUUCCACAAGGAAAAUAACUAAUUUUGUCUCUGGAGACUGGGAGAAUACUUUCACUACAUAUAUUACUUUCAUGAGAAGUGAGCCCCGGAGACUAUAAAACUCAAAAAUGUACUCAAGACUCCAUAAUUGCGGCUGGAAAGGCAUCCAAACUCGUCUCACAUCGGCAAGGAACUACAGCGCGAGCAUAUUGAAGAAAAAAGAGAAUUUCCACGGAAAAGUGUUGCCAGGGAAAGUCCUCCAUGGAUUUAUGUGCAAAAAUGUUGAGCCCAUCCCUGAAUACAACAUGACAGCAUACUUGCUCACUCAUGAGAAAACUAAAACUGAAUAUUUGCAUUUAGAAAGAGAUGACACAAACAAUGUGUUUUCAGUCGGUUUCCGUACUACUCCUCUAGACUCUAUGGGUACUCCACACAUUUUGGAACACACAGUUUUGUGCGGAUCUGAGAAGUAUCCAGUUAGAGAUCCGUUUUUCAAAAUGCUGAACAGAUCCUUGGCUACAUUCAUGAAUGCUUUAACCGGGCCAGAUUAUACAUUUUAUCCGUUCUCGUCACAAAAUGAAGUUGAUUAUAGAAAUCUCCAAAGAGUCUAUUUAGAUGCGGUAUUCAAACCAAAUUUGUUACGGUUAGAUUUCUUGCAAGAAGGAUGGAGAUUGGAACACUCAAAUUUAGAAGACAGAAGCUCUAGCUUAAACUUUAAAGGAGUUGUCUAUAAUGAGAUGAAAGGGGCUUUCUCUGAGACCAAUUCACUGUUUGGACAAAAGUUUAUAAAUACUAUUCUUCCACAAGGUACAUAUGGAUAUGUUUCCGGAGGGGACCCACUGUGCAUUCCAGAUUUAUCACAUGAGCAUUUAAAGAAAUUCCACGCCACACAUUACCAUCCAAGCAAUGCCAAAAUAUAUUCCUAUGGCAACUUCCCUCUAGAAUCUAAUUUGAAAAUGCUAAAUGAGAUGUAUUUGAACAACUAUGCAUAUUUAGAUCCGUCAAACACUGUAGUUCCCCCACAAGAAAGAUGGCAACAGCCAAAACAUGCUAACAUAAACUGCAGGGUAGAUCAAUAUGGGGGUCCUAUUGAAAAACAAAACCAAAUCGCUAUAGGCUUCGCUAUGUCAGAUAUAACCAACAUAUUUGAUACAUUCAUGCUCACUGCUCUAGCUGAACUGAUGAUGAUUGGACCCAACUCUGCUUUUUACAAAAGUCUGAUUGAGAAGAAUAUUUCUGGAGGUUACAAUGGCCUUACGGGUUAUGAUAAUCAAAUUAGAGACACCCUAUUUGUGGUUGGAUUGAGAGAUGUUGAAACUUCAAACUUUGAAAAAAUAGAAGAUAUAGUUAAUAAGACUAUUCAUGAAAUACAUGAGAAGGGUUUUAAAAAGGAUCACAUUGAGAGUGUACUUCAUGGUUUUGAGCUGUCUAUUAAGCAUCAAUCUCCUAAGUUUGGACUUAACCUACUUUUCAACUUGAUGCCCAUGUGGAACCACAAUGGAUCUGUCCUAGAUGCCCUCAAAAUGAACACUUUGCUUAAGGAACUUAAGCAGAGCUUGACAAAGCCAAGUUAUAUAAAGGACACCAUUGAGAAAUAUUUCCUUGAGAACAACCAUAAACUAGUAAUGACCAUGCAGCCUGAUCCUAAAUUUGAUGAUGUGUUUAAUGAAGCUGAAAUUAAACUGCUGAUGUCCAAAACAGCAGCUCUCACAGAUGAAGAUAAGAAAGCUAUAUUUGAAGAUGGAAUAGCUCUUUCAAGAGCUCAGAAGAAAGAGCAGAAUUUAGAUGUUCUGCCUUGUCUGAAGCUAGAAGAAAUUACAGCGACAAAGACAGCUCCUGCAAUCAAACACACCAUGGCAGGCACAGUCCCCUUACAGCUAUUAGAAGCCAAUACCAAUGGAGUCACCUAUUUCAAAGGUGUACUUGGAACUGAGAGCCUCAACCAGAAACAAUUGGAAAUGUUGCCAUUCUUCAACUAUAUUCUGGACAAGUUUGACACAAAAUCUCACAACUACAGAGAAUUUGAUCAAUACAUCAGCAAGUCUACAUCUGGAUUGACAGUCAACUGCCAUAUUACAGAACAUAUUGACCAACCAGACCAAUAUGAGCAAGGCACACUCAUAUCAAGCCACUGUCUUGAUGAGAAUCUGCCAAAAAUGCUUGAUAUUUGGAACGAAAUUUUUGCCAAACCAAACUUCCAGAAUAAAGAGAGACUUGGCAUGCUCUUGACGAACUACUGCUCUUCUUUAACCAGUGGAAUUAUUGACAGUGGACAUGUUUACGCCAUGCAGAUGGCAAAAUCACUAGUCUCUUCUGUAGACAAAUGCAAGGAGCAACUUCAGGGCAUACAACAUGUCAUCAACAUGCAAGAAGUUCAGAAGAAAUACAAAACUGAUGAGGUGGGACAUAUAAUGGAUGAUAUCGCGUCAAAAAUCUUAAAUGGCAACAAUCUUAGAGCAGCUUUCCAUUAUUGCAACACAAACACAAAUAUCCUCCCAGCAGUUGAGGAAUUCUGCACUGAACUAUGUAAAGAUUCCAAAGAGCUGAACCGAAUUAACUGGAUCGAUUCAGAGAAAUUACCAAAAACUCAACGCGGGAUACAAGUUCUCAUGAAUAUCCCAGUGAAUUUCUGCUCGAAAGUCAUCCCAACUGUAGGAUACACUCACCCAGACUAUCCCAAAUUACGCGUACUAUCCAAAUUCUUGACCUCGAAAUACUUGCACCCAAUAGUCAGAGAACAAAAUGGCGCUUAUGGUGGUGGAGCAGCUCUAUCCUUAGAUGGAAUCUUUAGCUAUUACUCCUAUAGGGACCCGAACUCGAGGACCACGCUUGACGUUUUUGACGAGACAGCAGAAUGGAUGUCUAAGAAUUCCUCUCUUGUAGAUGAUCAGAAUUUAUUCGAAUCCAAACUGUCCAUCCUCCAACAAAUGGACCAGCCUGUCGCUGAAUACAUGAAGGGGAUAGACUUAUUCCUCUUUGGAUUGUCUUACGAUAUUUGGAAGACUCAGAGGGAGAGAGUUUUGGCCGUUAACGCUAAGGACUUGGUUGAGGUGUGCCAGAAAUACUUGACCCCUGACAAAUGGGCUGGAAAGUGUGUUAUCGGAGAAGGUUCAGGACAACAAAUAGAUAAGCAUGGAGAGUCUUGGGAGAAGCUUAGUGGACCUCAACAGUAAAAUAGAGGAGUUUAUAAAUUUAUCUCAGUUUUGAAUAUAAGAGGGCCUUGAAAGUGUCUGGACAAAGACUUAGACGGAAUAUACGCGUUAUGAACGAUAUGAAACGUCUGCUAAACAGAGCUGAAAACUUCCAAGUAUUAUUACUUAAUUGAGAUUCUCUCUAUGGAAUUAUGGACUGGUUCCUUAAGUAAGCCGUCAUCAGGAAAAAGAUACGUAUUUUAUUUUUCAAUGUGGUUGAAUUUAGGUGUUCAUUGUUCUUAUUUUUUUUUUCUCUCUAAAAACAUAUUGUAGUCGUUAUUUAUUACAGAGUAUUUGUGGAGUUUAAAUACUGUUGUAAAUAAAUGUAUUCUUCUUA